AUGAGCUCCCCAGCUCCAAUAGCAACAGCCAAGAGCACCACACGAUGGACGCGGGAGGAAGUCUUCGAGCUCCUGUGUACCCUCAAUCAGCACAUCGCGGAGGUCUCUCCUCGGACAGACCGACCAAAAGAUGACGAAAUGAAAGUCGUCAUAUCUAAAGCAACUUCAUUGCUCAGCAAAUCAGUUAAACUCCAAGGCUCGACAUCGAGGCUAGAGAGGAAGCUUGCUUCCCUUUGGAAGGACUUCGGGAGCGCAGACGGCGACAAGCGGCCUUAUGCGCUCUAUCAGUAUGGGGCUUUCCUACGGACUUUACCAGGCCUUGAAGACCCAGAUAAGGGUUUUCCAGGUAUGCUUAAUGAGAUCGCGGAAGAAGUGAAAAGACGGCAGAUGACAAACGUCCCCAUAUCACCCAAGACGCUCCGGAGAUCUCAGAGAUCAACUGUCCGUGACAAUUCAGUCGAUCCUAUACUUUGUCGAUGUGGCUUCACACAUCACAUUAGCUGCAUCCAUUGCGACGAGUGUUUUUCGUGGCAGCAUACCAUUUGCUACUACAAUACCGAAGUGGACGAAGACCUACCAGAAAAACACAUAUGUGACGAGUGUACAGAAGUCAGUGUGUUUAAGGUGAGCCUGAAUGCGCUUGAUCCCGAAAACGACUUGGCUCGGGCAAUGAACCUGCUGGACCUUCACAUAAAGGCGAACAAGUCUCCUACCAUGCAGUCACCUCUUCACUCUGACCACGAGAACCCCGCCUUGGGUCCUUUCGCUAUGCCGAGAGACAAUGAAUUCUUUUGGGGACCAGCUGAUAAGGAAAUUACCGCGGUGCUGGAACGGUCAGCGUUGGAUAUUCAACAAGUCGUGUACUCGCUGCUAAGUGUUGGUCUUUGUGUCCCCAAGGUCAAGAAAACACUGGCUCAAGGCAGCGGGCUAGAUCUUCAAGGACUUCUCAAAGCUGAUCAUGGGCCGUUGUUUCGAGACCGCUUUAAUGCUCUCAUCUCGCAGCCUGUCCGCUCGGGGACAAAAAUAGCUCGAAUGUUGAUGGGGUUGCUGUCUGCGGUCCUGAUGAACCUGAUAUUCAAGCCGCGGUCGACGAGACCACAGUCGGUGACAGAACUGCUAUAUGAGAUGCUUUGCAGGAAUGUAUUGCAGAUGAAUGGUGUACAGAUUCUCCGCGACCUUCGCAGGAAGAACCUACAGUCUUUGGUCGAGAAUCCGAAUGGACAAUUUGCGGCCGCAAUCGCAGAACAGGCUGACAGCCUUGCUGAACAGCUGCUGGAGCUGCUUUACAGCAUGGUAACGGACGCUGCCAAUGCUGCAAACGGACUCGGGUCACAGGCCGAGAUGUUGCCGUGGAAGGAGAUCUUGGCCGGAACCUUCGCGACAUGUCUCAAACUCAAGGCAAGAAUGGGACUGUCUGAGCGCCUGUAUGAAUUAUAUAGCCCUUCGAUUGAUUCCACCACAGUGCCGACUUUGAUGGUUGACGAAUUGGGACGAACGCUGGACAACGUCGGUCAGAAAGUUGAGAUAUGCCUGAUGCCAGCUGUGGUGGAGUACAAGCCCGAGGAUCUUGGGAUGAAAAUGGAGAAUCUUCUCCUACUGCCGAACGAGGAGAUAUUCAUUGCAAGCUCUUCCGAGGACUCUAAAUCGAAGGGUAUUGUCGUUGCCCCUGCGAUCGUGGCUUUGAUUCCCUUCGCUAACGCGGAAUAA